AAAGCCAAACCGUACUAUAACUUUGGUGAGGAUGAGGAGUUCCAGUGCUUCACCGGAUUUGAACUGGAAGGCUUUCAGUUCAUCAGCUGUCGUCCUGACGGAACGUGGACUCAGCCCAGAGGACGGUGCCACCGCAGGCUUUGUGUUCCUCCAGAAAUCCCAGACGACAUGACGCUGUUUCCCACUAAAGACUCGUACAGAGUGGGUGAAUCUGUUGGUUUGAACUGCAAUGAGCCGGGCCUGAUGCCGCUGCCCCGGGGCAUGUACAGGUGCGGCUCCAAGCUCACCUGGGAGCCUCCCUUACCUGCUGGCCUGCGCUGCACCAACGAGAACCCGUUUGUUCCUGAUUCUCAGUGUGGGCUUGGUCAGAGGCUGCAGGGUUCCCGCUGCGUCUGCGUCCAACGGGAGAGCUGCCUCUCCGAGCCGGAGAGUCUCUGCGUCCUGAACGCGAUCAUCGACGUGGCGGUGCCCGUGUCACUCUGCUCCUUCCAUGCUGCCCGUUGCCACGGCGACCCACUCCUCUAUAUGAACGAGGGUGCGUGCAACCCUGCAGACAUCACCAAACUGGAGUGGGCCCGGUUCCGAGCCAAGAUGUCCUCCAAAAGCUCGGCUCAGCUGCCCUGCAAUCUGGACACGUGUUACGAAUGGGAGACUUGCUCAGCAUCUAAGAAGUGUCAGUGCAAAGCCGCUCGUGAGUGCCCCAGAACCGGAGAGCACAUGUUCUGUGUGAAGCUGACGGCCCAGAUGACCCGCAGCUUGACCCUCUGUUCUACAGCUGCCCUCAAAUGCAUCAACCAGCCGUUUGAGAUCCUUCAUGAGGGGAAUUGCAGCGCAGGAUCCUGACGAGGAUGUCUAAAGCCAACCGAUGACUUGUUACUGCAUGUUAUAUUAAGUCGACUCAAACCCGUCACAAACAUUUACACAUAAGAGUUUAGUGAUGUCAGGUUUACAUAAAGACAAACGCAUCCGCUUGGGUUGGUGGAGGAACUUCUGCGAAGGCUGCAGAAUCAAACCCUGCAGAUUUGGUUUUAUCAGUGGAGAAUUUUCUGAUUGUGGUAAACAAGAUAAAUAAUAAUAUUAAAGCUUCGCAAUGUUUUCGUGUUUUGAUUAAAAGUCCAAAUCUCCACUAAAUGUGCAGCAGAGCCUAGAGAACAUUUGAUGUUUCUGCUCCACCAGCAAAGGGAAGAACGUUUCGUGAUGAACGUUUGAGCCAGUUUAAAGUUUUAGGUUUCGUCUCCAAAAGGACUGAAACUAUUAAUGUUGUCUGGACUGAAAAGAUGUUUGAAAGACAGGAUCAGGAUAAUGUUAAUGAUAAUAAGGAUGGAUUGAAAUGAUGCUAAAAAUAAACACCAGCCUGACAUAAAA